AUGGCAACUAUGAAAGCACUGAACUACCUGGGCCCGUACAAGGUCCAGGUGACAGAUGUUGAGAGGCCUAAGCUCGAGCAUCCAGAUGACAUCAUUGUCAAGGUCACUACGGCGGCUAUCUGUGGCUCAGACUUGCACAUGUAUGAAGGUCGAACAGCUGCAGAGCCUGGCAUCACCUUUGGUCACGAGAACAUGGGGAUUGUUGAGGAACUUGGCGAAGGGGUGACAUUGCUAAAGAAGGGGGACCGGGUGGUGAUGCCAUUCAAUGUUGCCGAUGGUCGGUGUCGCAAUUGCGAGGAAGGCAAGACUGCGUUCUGCACUGGUGUGAACCCGGGCUUUGCAGGUGGUGCUUAUGGCUAUGUCGCGAUGGGUCCUUACCGUGGAGGCCAAGCGCAGUAUAUUCGAGUGCCCUAUGCUGAUUUCAAUGCUCUCAUCUUGCCCCCUGGGAAGGAACAUGAAGCGGACUUUGUUCUCCUUGCUGACAUCUUCCCAACCGGCUGGCACGGUGUCGAAAUUUCUGGCUUCCAAGCAGGUGAAAGUAUCGCCGUCUUCGGCGCAGGUCCAGUGGGCCUGAUGGCAGGCUACUCAGCAGUAUUGCGUGGCGCAUCCAACAUCUACGUGGUAGACCGUGUCCCCGAGCGACUCGAAGCCGCCAGAAAGAUAGGCUGUAUUCCGAUCGAUUUCACAAAGGGAGAUGCAGUCGACCAGAUCAUCAAGCACAACGGCGAUAUGGUGGAUCGAUCAGUGGAUGCUGUCGGGUACCAAGCUGUCGAUCCAAAUGGGUCUUCCGAGAAGGCGAAUAUUGUUCUUGAGAACAUGAUCCGUGUCACAAGGGCGUGUGGAGGUCUUGGUAUUCCGGGACUUUAUGUGCCAAGUGAUCCUGGCGCAACUGAUGCAGCGACCGCGAACGGAAUGAUUAGUCUGAGCUUUGGGAAAUUGUUUGAAAAAGGUCUAUCUCUUAGCACUGGACAGUGCAAUGUUAAAGCGUAUAACCGGUACUUGAGAGACAUGAUCAUCGCUGGCAAGGCUAAGCCUAGCUUUGUAAUCUCACAUGAGAUUACACUGGCUGAUGCGGAGACUGCUUAUGAUAAGUUCGAUAAGAGAGAGGAUGGGUACACCAAGGUUAUCAUUCAUCCGAACGGGGGAUUCUAA